AUGGGGGACGAUAUGGAUGUGAUCCCCGAGCGAGAGAUGAAGGACUUUCAGUUCAGAGCACUGAAGAAGGUUCGCAUCUUUGAUGCUCCAGACGAUCUCCCCAAGGAGCGCUCCAGCCUCCUGGCUGUCUCUAACAAAUAUGGGCUGGUCUUUGCUGCUGGAGGAACCAGCCUGCAGAUCUUCCACACCAGGAACCUCCUCAUGCAGAACCAGCCGGGAGAAGAUCCCAAUGAAAUCGUGGAGAACGUUCAGAGCACCUCAGUCCCCCUGAAGUUCCCUGUGCAGCACCUGGCUCUGAGCUGUGACAACCUCACUCUGUCUGUCUGCAUGAUGUCCACCGAGAUCGGGGCCUUCAUUGGCUUCUUUGAUGUCCGCACCUUCUUGAACCAGGCAAAGCAGCAGAAACGUGCAUUUGCAUAUCACAAACUGGCCAAGGACUCAGGAAGUGCAGCCACAGUCAAUGACCUGAAGUGGAACCCUGCCAGCCCCACCAUGGUGGCCAUCUGCCUGUCUGAUGGCAGCAUCUCAGUGCUGCAGGUCACAGACUCUGUCAAGGUGUAUGCCACCCUGCCUUCCUCUGUUGCUGUGACUUCUGUGUGUUGGAGCCCAAAGGGCAAACAGCUUGCUGUGGGGAGGCAAAAUGGUACUGUGGUGCAAUACCUGCCUAAUCUGCAGGAGAAGAAAGUGAUUCCUUGUCCUCCCUUCUAUGACUCAGACAAUCCUGUUAAAGUUCUGGAUGUGCUAUGGAUUGGCACCUAUGUCUUUACUAUUGUGUAUGCAGCAGCUGAUGGGACACUGGAAACACCUCCAGAAGUGGUCAUAGCCAUCCUGCCUAGAAAAGAAGAGAAGAGACCAGAGAAGUUUGUGAAUUUCAUGGAGCCUUGCUAUGGGAGCUGCACAGAGAGGCAGCAUCAUUACUUCCUCAACUAUGUAGAGGAAUGGGAUCUUGUUCUGGCAGCUUCAGCAGCUUCCACAGAAGUCAGCAUUCUGGCCAGGCAAGGGGAUCAGAACUGGGAAUCCUGGGUUUUGGAGGACUCCAGCAGAGCAGAGCUUCCUGUGACAGACAAGAGCGAUGACACUCUGCCUGUGGGGGUUGCUGUAGACUACACCAGCAACAUGCCCAUCCCCAUCAGUGAUGAGAAGACCUUGGGUCCUGCUCCAGUUCUGAUCUUGCUCUCUACGGAUGGUGUCCUCUGCCCCUUCUACAUGAUCAACCAAAACCCAGGGGUCAGGUCCCUGCUGGUCACCCCAGAGCUGCUGCCCUUAGUAGGGGAGAGAGUUCCAAAGUCAACAGGAAGUGCUGCCACAACUCCAACUACUCCUCCAAAGCCUGACACAGGACCUGGUGCUGUUCCUCCUGCACCUGCCUCCAGCCAGCCUGCCGUGCCAGGGGCAGCAGCUCUGUCCUGCACACCUCCAGCAGUGAAGGUUCCUGGCUCUGCAGGCAGUGAUCCUCCACCUUACCCCUUUGCCACCGAGGCCUCCACGCAAGCCCUGGCUCCCCGUCUGGCUGGAGCAGCAAUCUUCUCCUUCUCCUCUGCUUCUCCUAAGGCAUCCACAACUCCUGCUCCUCCUGUAGCCACCACCACAGCUGCUGCUGCUGCCACCCUUUUUUCCUUUGGAUCCAUGAACUUUAAACCAGCUGCAGACAGCUCCCCUGGGCCACCGUUCUCCUCAACACCUCUUCCACAGAAGUCAUCUUUUUCCCCUUCAGCUUCUUCAGUCAAAGUGAACCUCAAUGAGAAGUUCAAUGCUGUAGAAACCUCUUCUCCUGCUAGCAGCAGUGGUCAAUGCACUGCCACAAUGUUUUCAUUCUCAACCACUUCCAAAACUACUGCUGGAAAUCCUUUGAGCCAGUCCACAGCCAUCACAGCCUCUACUACCCCAGCACCGAAGGUUUCAACCCCUGCACCUGUCACAGUGACACGGCCUGCUCAGAGCACACCUCCAGCUGCUUUGGUACAGAAGACAGCCAAAGUCACCCCUUCUGCAGCAAAACCAAGCUCUGCUCAGGGCAAAUCAGCAGUUCCCAGCACAGCUUUGGAGAAGCAGACCCACCAGUGGAAGGACUCAGACCCUGUCAUAGCAGGAAUCAGAGAGGAGAUUGCACAUUUUCAGAAGGAGAUGGAGGAGCUGAAGGCCAGGAGCUCCAAAGCCUGUUUCCAAGUUGGGACUCCAGAGGAAAUGAAGAUGUUGAGGACUGAGUCAGAUGAUCUUCACACUUUCCUCUUGGAGAUCAAAGAGACCACAGAGUCACUUCAUGGAGAUAUUAGCAUUCUGAAGACAACCUUGCUGGAGGGAUUUGCAGGGGUGGAAGAGGCUAAAGAACAGAAUAAUCAGAGUCGUGGCUCAGGGUAUUUGCACUUACUCUAUAAGAAACCUUUGGAUCCCAAGAGUGAGGCACAGCUGCAGGAGAUCCGCCGCCUGCACCAGUAUGUGAAGUUUGCUGUGCAGGAUGUGAAUGAUGUCCUGGACCUGGAGUGGGAUCGGCACCUGGAGCAGAAGAGGAAGCAGAAGCGGCUGCUGGUUCCUGAGCGAGAGACUUUGUUCAACACCCUGGCCAACAACAGGGAGAUCAUCAAUCAGCAGAGGAAGAGGCUCAACCACCUGGUCAACAGCCUGCAGCAGCUCCGCCUCUACAAUCAGACAUCUCAGUGGAGUGUUCCCACUGAGACAUCUUCUUUCAGCAGUGCUCAAAGUUUUGACAAUGACCUUGAAAGCCUUCGCAGUGCCUUGAUGAAAACCACCCUGGAAUCUCAUACCAAACCUCUGCCUAAAGUACCUGCUAAACUAUCCCCUGUGAAACAGACACAGCUGAGGAAUUUCCUAGCCAAGAGGAAAACUCCACCAGUUAGGUCUACAGCUCCAGCAAGUUUGUCCAGAUCUGCCUUCCUGUCUACAAGAUACUAUGAAGAUUUGGAUGAAGUCAGCUCAACCUCCUCAGUUUCCCAGUCACUGGAGAAUGAAGAUUCACAGGCAGUGGACCAGGAAGAAGAGGCUGCUCCAGCCCCAGUCCCACGUCAUGCUCCCGUGGUCCGAACUCCCUCUGUCCAGCCUGGUUUGAUGGCCCAGUCCCCAUCCUUUGGGAAGCAGCACCUCUCCCUGGGUACUUUGUUGCCUACAUCUUCCAACAGAAUCAUCCCACAAGGUGCAGACAGUACAAUGCUUGCCACAAAGACUGUGAAACAUGGAGCCCCUGCUCCCACUGUCACUGUUCCAGCACCACAGGCAGCUGCUGCUGCAGCUCUGAGGAGGCAGAUGGCUAACCAGUCCCCAGCUGUGAGCACCUCCCUGACUGAAUCAACUCUGAAGAACGUUCCCCAGGUGGUGAAUGUCCGGGAACUCAAGAGUGGUGGUGCUUUGACUCCUGCUGUCUCCACAGUCCUUGGGUCCUCUGUACCCCACUCUGCAGCCCAGGCAGUCCACCAAGUUUUGACAGCUGUGGCUACAAAUCAAGCUAAACAGACACCUCUGGCAAACUCCCUUAAGGGCCAGGCUCCACCUUCCUCAGCGUGUGCACCCUGUCCUAUAGCAUCCACAGCUGGGCCAGCAUCACCUGGAAGCAAAAUCUCAGGACAAGGGACAGUGAAAACAGUUACAGCUGUGACUUCUACAACUCCAUCAGUACCAGCCACAACUGCACAGCUGAACAAGGCCUUCUCCUUUACUUCUGCAGGGUCUGGAUUUACUUUUGGUGGUGUCACAUCAGCUGCUUCAUCACCAGCCCUGCCCAGCCUUGCUUCCUCACAAGCUCCUGCUAAAGAAUCCACCCAGGCAGAUUCACCUUUACUUGCUGGGACUUCCAAGUUUGGAAUCAUGCCUGAGAACUCCUUUGCUUUUGGCUCUGUCAAGCCAGCAAGUGCUCCAGGAGCCUUAGGAGGAAGUAGCACCUCAGCAGAUGGCACCCAGGCAACCAAGCCUGCUGCAGCAACAUCCUCUGCUCCCUCCACAGCCCCUGCCAAGCUGGACAUCCAUCCAUCUAAACCAGGAGACCACUUGGUUCAGAGCAGUCUAGCUGGGGAAACUCUAGGGAGCUUCUCAGAACUACGGGUUGGGCCAGCAGAUGACAGUGCCAAGGCCAGCACUAAAGCAGCAGCAGCUACCAGUGCUGCAGGAUCACAGCCAGCUAAAAUGUCUGCAAUAGCUUCUGGGUUUGCUUUUGGUGCACCCCUGGCAUUGGGAAAAGCUGGAGAAGCUGCUUCAACAUCAGCCUCCUCUGCUGGCACAGCAGCCCCAGCCGUCAGCACCAGCGCCACAAGCAGCCUCUUUGGCAGUGUCCAGAUAACCAGCCCAGGGUCUUCUGGGGUGUUUAACCUUGGAGGCUCUGGUGGCAGCAAACCCACUUUUUCCUUUGGGAUUCAGCCAGUAACCAGCCUGAGCACAUCCACCUCUCCCCCUGCUUCAACCUCCAUCUCAUGUGGAAGCUUCUCGAGUUCAUCACAACCUGCUGCCCCUGCUGCAUCUUCUGCCAAGGUUGCAGGGGAUGGCAAAUCCCCUUCUGGGCCAGAAAAGCCAUCUGAGAGUGAAGCUGCAGCAGCUGGCUCUUCACCUCCAGUCACACAGUCACCACUGCCACCCCUGGAGGCCAUUAAAGAGCCCUCUGUGCCCCAGGCCCCAGCUGGGGACAGCAGCUCUGCAGGCUCUGCCACCCUGUCAGCAGCACCUCCUGCUGCUGCUGCUGCCCCCACAACUGAUCUGAAGGCAGCAGUGCCAGCAGCUGGCUCUGCACCUGCCCCCCCAGAUCAGAAUGUCUCAGCCACCACCUCCACACCAAACCUUGCCUCUCCUGCAGGAGCCACCAGUGUGCUGGCUGCCAGCUCUGAUGCUGCUGCCAGUGCUCAGAGCGCAGCUCUCGGGGCCUCUGUCUUUGCCCCCACCUCUGCAGGCUCCUCAGUGUUCUCUCAGCCCCCGAGCUCCAGCUCCUCUGGCUCAGCAUUUAGCCAGCCUGCAGGUGACACAGGUGCCACUCCUUCCACCCCUGCUGUCUUUGGGCAGCUGCCAGCAGGUACCACAGCAUCCUCCCCCUUUGGGCAGCUGCCCACCAGUACCUUGGCCACUGCCACUGCCACCACACAGGCUGCCAGCUCAGGCUUUGGGACUUCUGCCUUUGGCACCACCACCACAGGGGGCUUUGGGCAGCCAGCCUUUGGACAAGCACCAGCCUUUGGGCAGCCAGCCAGCAGCUCUUCAGGUGGAUUUAACUUCAGCCAGUCUGGCUUUGGGACAGUGCCAGCCUUUGGGCAGCCAGCAGCUUCCACAGCAGCCUCCAGCAGUGGCAAUGUUUUUGGGGCAGCAGCUAGCACCAACAGCUCCAGCUCCUUCUCCUUUGGCCAGCCCUCUGCCAGCACUGGAGGGGGCUUGUUUGGCCAGAGCAGCCCUCCUGUCUUUGGGCAGGGCACUGCCUUUGGGCAAGGAGGCUCAGUCUUUGGCAGCACUGUUACUACCACAACCUCAUCUGCUGGCUUCAGCUUCUGCCAGGCUUCAGGGUUUGGUUCUAGCAACACAGGUUCUGUGUUUGGGCAAGCAGCUAACACUGGAGCCACUGUCUUUGGCCAGCAGCCAUCUUCUUCUAGUGGAAACCUGUUCGGAGCUGGAAGUGGUGGGAGAAGUGGAGGCUUCUUCAGUGGUUUGGGAGGAAAGCCAAGUCAGGAUGCAGCCAAUAAGAAUCCCUUCAGUUCCUCCAGUGGAGGAUUUGGAUCUGCAGCUUCCCAGAAUUCUUCCAACUUGUUUGGCAACAGUGGAGCGAAGACUUUUGGAUUUGGCAGCUCAUCUUUUGGAGAGCAGAAGCCUGCAGGGACUUUCAGCUCUGGUGGUGGCAGUGUGGCCUCCCAAGGCUUUGGGUUCUCCAGUCCAAACAAAGCAGGUGGCUUCGGUGCUGCUCCAGUGUUUGGCAGCCCUCCCACUUUUGGGGGGUCCCCUGGGUUUGGAGGGGUGCCAGCAUUCGGUUCAGCCCCAACCUUUUCAAGCCCUCUGGGCUCAACGGGAGGCAAAGUGUUCGGCGAGGGCACGGCGGCGGCCAGCACCGGAGGAUUUGGGUUUGGUGGCACCAGCAACAGCACAGCAUCCUUUGGCACCCUGGCAAACCAGAACACCCCCAGCUUUGGCUCUCUGUCACAGCAGGGGACUGCCUUUGGCACACAGAACAGUGGAUUCUCAGCUUUUGGGACAGGUGGAGGAGGGUUUGGGUUUGGAGCCUCUAAUACAUCUUCCUCUGGAUUUAGUGCAUGGAGAAGCUAGGAACAUCCUGAACUCCCUGUAGAGCUGUGCUGCAGCUCCUGCCUUCCUGAGUCACCAGCAUGCUCAGCACCCCAACACUUUUUCUUUCAAGCACCAGUUCUAGGACUGCUUUGGGGUUGGGUUUUGUUUCCUAAGAAAAAGAUUUUGCUUAUUUUUGUGUAA